CCACGCGUGAUUUCACGCGAACAAACAAAGUUUGUGUUAAAUUGUGUGUGAAGUGACGGAACAUGUAUGGUGGAAUGUGAUGAACAUUUACCCGGGGUAUUUCCCCUGAUCUUCCCUACUGUUUUGGUGCUACAACGAAUGAAGAUGUGUUCAGCGAGGAUGAUUUUAUCAGCGAUCGUUUUGUUCCUUUUCACGUUGCUGGAUGUCUCUUGUGCAGUUUCUUUAUACGGAAAUGAUUUCCUCCAUGUUCCGUUCCGCGAUGCUGGAAGCACCACUAAUGUCCGCCUUGAGUUCCGCACCAGUGUUGCCAAUGGUGUCCUGUUUGUGGCAGCAGGGAGCACAGAUUACUGCAUCAUUGAACUGAAGUCGGGAACCAUCCAGGUCCGCAUAGAGUUGGGAUCUGGAGAAACUGUUGUAGAAUCCCCUCCAGGACUAUAUCUGAAUGAUCUGGCGUGGCAUGUGGUCAACUUAAAAAGAAAGGGGGGUAGCGUGCAACUCACUGUAGAUUACAUCUAUGAGACAAGAAGGAGAAUUCCAGGGAAGUUUUAUGAACUUAACAUUGAUGAUGGUGUAUAUGUUGGAGGUGUCAGUGAUACUGGUGGCUUAUACUACACUCACAAUCUUCUUGGAUACAGGGGGUGUCUAAAACAUAUUCAUUUCAAUACCUACAGUAUUCUAGAUAUUGUAAGACAUAGCAAGGGGAACAAGAAAAUCACCAAGGAUGUACAGUCCCACUGCAGCAGAGAAUUUAACUCUGAACCUAAACAAGCAAUCAGUUUUACAGACAAGACCUCAUAUGUUGGAUUUUUUGUGCAGAGUUCUCAAAAUGAAAUUACAUUUUCGUGCAAUCUAAGGACUAGAUCUAAAACUGGAAUAGUACUCUUUAUCUUAGGAAGAAAGCUCAAGUCAAAUUUCAUUUUAUUAGAACUGAACAAUGGAUUACUGACAUUGUCUACAAAAAGAAAUGGCAAAGUGAAAAGUGUUUCUACUAAAAUUAUUUUGAGUGAUGGAAAUAAACACUACAUCAGUCUCAAAAUUUCUGCACUUCACAUGGAGUUGGAAACUGAAACAGAACACAAGCAGCAUUAUUUUACCUCUAAAGAACAGAGCUCUUUAGAUCUUUCUUCCAUGUGGUUCAUUGGUGGGCUUAGUUCCAAGAUGACCACAAUUGCCGCCAACCUGGGCAUUGACUCAUUAAAGAACUUACCAAAAAAUAUUGCUGGAAUUUCCUUACAGGGUUGCAUAAAAGAUGUAAAAAUUGAUGGCAAAGCCAUGGGACUUCUUUCAGCGCAGAUCACACAUCUCAUAACCCCAGGCUGUGCUUGGACUUUUCCUUGCUCCUCGUCUCCUUGUGAUGAAGGGUCAGUGUGCGUAGAGCAUAGUUACACACAGUUUGAAUGUGUCAUAAAAGACCUGAAAACCGCAACAGACUACAUGCUACCUGCGGAUGCCACUGUCUUACCUACUGUAGACCUGGUGCGCUUACACCCACUUGUUGUAAGGGAGGGAGGGUCAGAGGUGAUCACAGAAAACAAUGUGGAUUUUGUGUUCAACUACAGGGCAUAUGGAAUGAGGGAUUCUGCAAUAUUUUUCCAUGUUGUUGAGCCACCUAAGCAUGGAGAGUUGGACGUAAGAGUGAGAAGCCGGUCAGAGAACAGCUUAUUUACUCUACUAGAUCUGACUAUUGGAAAGGUGCUGUAUAUAAAUGAUGGAUCGGAAGAAAAUUCAGACCAAGUGACAUUUGCUGUUGAACUUUUAGGGGGAGCAGACAGUGACCUCCCUGAGAUACUCAAAAAACCAUAUCGUUUUACACUAAGGAUUCAGGUUCAGCCUGUUAAUGAUCCGCCUAUUUUAAAACUCCCACCAGGGGGGACUGUCGGUGUUCUUAAACAUACCAAGACACCCCUGAGUCAAGAGUCAUUAAAUGUGGUUGACCCAGACAGCAAUCCAGACCAGAUUACUUACACUGUGGCCUUUGAGGGUCCUGAACAUGUGGUUGCCAGUCACUUUGAAUUGGCUCAGAAACCAGGUGAAAGUGUCACAGCCUUCACUCAAAAGGAAGUCGCUGACAGAAAAGUGUUUUUUGUUAAUCAGGGAGAACAAAAGACCAGAGUUAAUGUUCAGGUUAAUGAUGGAAAGGACAGUAGUGUUAGGAAGAUGAUAACUUUUGUUACCAUCCCUAUUGAACUGUCAGUGACCCACAAUACUGGUGUGAAUGUAUUCCCCACCAGUUAUUCUUUAAUUCUUCCAGAGAAUCUCACCACUGCCACAAAUAUUCAGCGCCAAGACAUUGAUGUCAGAUAUGAAAUUACCAAGUCUCCAAAAUAUGGUGAAAUUCAGAAGCAAAAAUCUAGCACAAAAGAAUGGUUUCCUGUCAGCAUUUUUUCUCAGAAGCAUAUUGACAGGGGCAGGCUGAGGUAUUUCCACACAGGCAGAGCUUUACAUGUUAUUCCUGACAUGUUUGUCUUCACUGCCUCAACCCAAGGUGCUAGCAUUCAAUCCAGACAGUUUCACAUUACCUUUGAUCAGGUGCAGCUGCAGCUGAACAAAAACACAAAGCUUCAAUUAGAAGGUGUGAUGGAAAUGGAGCUUAACAAAUCUCACCUGAGUGCUUCAACGAACAAUCCUAAUGCCCUCCCUGAUGCUGUAAUGUACAAGCUUAUAACCACACCAAGACAAGGGCACCUGCUCAAAUUAAAGAACAGCAACAGUAAUGAGUAUCAGCAAAGACUAGGGCAAAGCUCAAAUUUUACCCAAAAAGAUAUCAAUGAUGGCCUCAUCUUAUAUAAGCUGCACAGGACAUCGGAUAAUGUUGUUAAUGACAACUUUCAGUUUAGGCUGCAGUUCAAGGAUGCAGGCAGCAUUCAGUCUACUGCUUUUACAUUUGAGAUUGAAUUUAUACCUGUUGAAAGUGAUAUUUUGUUUACUAACAGACUGCUGAAAGAUGUUUUAGAAGGCGGAAGAAAAGUGAUUACUAGAGACUAUUUUUACCUGGAAACUGAUCAGAUUUCAGAGUUUAAAUUUACUCUGCUUACAUUUCCCAAUCAUGGCAUUUUGCAGCUUAUUAACUCAGAAAGUGACACCGUCAUCAGCAACAAUAUUUCCCAGUUCAGUAAUGCAGACAUAAGAGAAGGCAAUGUAGUGUACAAACAUGAUGACUCAGAGUACGAAUUUGACAGUUUUGACUUCAUGGCCACACCCAUUAUUGGGCCAUCAUCAGAAGACAAGCUGGAAAUGGAGAUUGUGGAAUACACUGACACAUUUCAUAUAAAAAUUCUCCUUCGCAAUGACAACCCACCAGUAAGGGUAGUGGACAAAGUAUUCAAUAUUGUUAGGAAUGGGAUCAGGCCAUUUACAGAUGAGGACAUAAAAUAUACAGAUCCAGAUAUUAAUUUUGACACUAGCAACUUGCAGUACACAAGGCGUGGAAUUUCAAAUGGAGAGAUAGUGAAUUCUACUGAUCCCACUCUCAAAGUUUAUCAUUUCACUCAAAAAGACCUGGAAACUGGUCAGUUGAUGUUUGUCCACAAAGGAAAAGAAUAUGCUCGGAUAUCCAUUAAGGUAACAGAUGGCCAGUUUCAUGAUAUUGGACUUAUGACAAUUCAUGCAUCUGACCCAUACAUCAAACUAAUAAACAACACAGGGCUGGCUGUUUUCAAAGGUAAAAGUGUUGCCCUGCGGUCUGAUAACCUUAGCAUUGAAACCAAUAUUAAUGCUGCAGAUAAUGAGAUUCGAAUUAUCAUUAUAUCUGCUCCAAGAUAUGGUAAAAUUUUAAGAAGAGAACAUAUCUCCUCGGAAUUCAAUAUGCAAGAUGUAAAAAGAGGGCAUGUUAAGUAUGAACAUGGUAACAGUGGACACAUUAAAGACUCCUUCAAGUUUGCUAUACACGUCAAAGAUGUGAGCAUUCAGGGCACCUGCAACAUUACAGUGUUUUUGGAGGACCAUCAUCAUCCACCAAAGUUUCAGCAUAACAAGAUGCUGGUUGUGGAGGAGGGACACACUGGAGUUAUAAGUGACAACAUUCUACUUGUCACACAUUCCAUUACGCCACCAGAGGGCAUUUUGUUCACCAUCCAAGAUGGGCCCAAGUUUGGUCAUCUGGAUCUGGAUUCGCAGUUAAAUGUUCACAAUUUCACUCAGGGAGAUAUAGAUUCUGGAAAGUUGGCAUAUGUUCACACUGAGCCUGGUGUAGUUGAAGAUGUUAUAACAUUUAAUGUGUCUAAUGGGGUGCUUACAUUACAGGGUUUGGAGUUUGUCAUUGACAUCAUUCCAGAGGUACUCCCUGUCAGUGUUACCAAUAUAACACUGAAAGAGGGAGGGACAAAAGCCUUAACAAAGCAGUACAUACAGGUGACAAACAAACAUUUCAAAGAUGACAAUUUCGAGUACGAGAUUACACAGCAGCCUUACUAUGGUUGGAUAGAGAGAACUCAGGCACAAGGCGUUCAAUUAGACCAAUUUAGCUCCCAGGAUAUUCAUAACGAGUUCAUAUAUUAUACACACAAUGGAGAGGAAUUCUACACUGAUGAGUUCACCGUCCUGGCUAGAGCCAUGGGGUCUGGCAAACAGAGCAAACCCCAUACCAUAUAUAUCACCCUGAUACCAGUAAAUGACCAAGUCCCCCAGAUAGUGACCAAUAAAGAUCUGCAUGUGUGGAAAGGGUCUAUUACAUUGCUGACCAGUGCCCAUCUUAGUGCCACUGACCAAGACACCCUGCCUGGAGACCUUCGUUAUAAAAUCACCAGUCCAGAUUGUGGGUAUGUGGCCUUAAAGGAAAAGACUGGAGAUGAGAUUGUACAGUUUACACAAGCUAUGCUGGACAGCAAUCAGCUUGUGUUUGUCCACAGUGGUGAUGCUUCAGGGAGCUUCCAUUUCCAGGUGAAUGAUGGCAUCAACUACUCAGACAGAGAGAUUUUCCGCAUUACUGCAAGCCCACUGGUACUUCAUCAUAACACUGAUGCAAAGCUAGAUGUUUACCCAGGCACUCUGCACCCAGUCACAGUGGCAGUGCUCAAUGCCAGUACAAAUGACGCCAACCAGACACGCCCCCUGGUGUACACUUUGAAAACUAGGCCUAGGUAUGGGAAAUUGGUGACUACUGUGAAUGGUAGCAAUUUAGAAGUGUCGUCCUUUACUCAGGCUGAGGUGAAUGCUGGUGAGAUAGCAUAUCAACACAUGCAGGCUUUAAGUCAGUGGUCAAUAGAUGAUACCUUCACAUACGAAUUGAGCACUCUGUAUGCUGCAUCAGUCACUGAGAGACUGGAAAUUUCAAUCUCUUAUGACAAUAUCAAUGCCAAGAAUCAGGACCAACUUGUUAAAAUGUCAGAAGUUAAAGUUCUUGAGGGCGGGCAAAUUACAUUUAAUGAAAAUCAUUUAGAUGUUUCUAGAUUAACUGAAAAGAUAAAGUCAAUCAGCCGAAGUGCAGUUUUGAAAUUUUUCAUCACAAAAUUUCCCAGCCAUGGAUACUUGUUGAUUAAUGAUCUGAAUGCUACUGCAGGUGCAUAUUUCCUGGAGAAGGAAAUCAAAAAUAACCGCUUUAAAUAUGUGAAUGAUCACUCAGAUGCACACUGGGACAGCUUUGACUUCAGCCUUAAGGUCACAGGUCUAGGGUCCAAGAUGACUUCACCAAAGUUCAAUGCCACUGUUAACAUCACAAUCAUACCAGUGAAUGAUCAGCCAUUUAGGAUUGUAACAAAACAUCCAACAAUAGAGGUGAUUCAGGGAUUUACAAUUAACAUUACUCCGCAGCAUCUGAAGACUACAGAUCUUGACUCUCCUCCAGAGAACCUUACAUACACUAUACUCACAGGGCCAACUAAUGGAAUUGUGGCCUUUGCUAAUGCCCCUAAACUUGCUAUCAGUUCUUUCACACAGAAGGAUAUCAAUCAACUCCGAUUGAUAUUUGUACAGGAUGGGACCAGAGCUUCAGGCACUUUUAAUUUUAAAGUAUCAGAUGGUCAGUUUGACCCUUAUUAUAAAGUGUUCACAAUCAAUGUGAUCCCUCUCACAUUAGACGUUGUCAGCAGUUCUGGACUGCAGUUGUUGCAGAGUCAGUCUGCUGUGCAUUUAAACCAGUCACAUUUGAAUAUCUCCACUAACGGGCUGCAGGAGGACAUCGCGUUUUUCAUAUCUGAGCCACCACAAUUUGGAAAACUGUUCAUAGAAGAUAAAACAGUCGAGCAGUUUUCACAUCACAGUCUGGUAGAGUCUCAGGUUGUGUAUAUCCAGACCGACAUGACUGCGGGUCAAGACUCGUUUGUUCUGAAUGCAACAAUUGCUGAUCACCAUAUCAUGGUUCCAAUGAGUGUAUCUAUUCAGCCCUUUGUCAAGCAGGGCAACGUCAGCAUUCCGUCAGGUUCAAGGGUGCCGAUUUCACUGUCAGAACUGAAUGCAACAGCAUUAGCAAUAGCUACUAACAGCAAUCCAGUAUAUUAUGUGAUAAAACGGCCAGUGUUUGGUAAAUUGAAGAAGACUAUUAUUAAAAGGUCAACACAGUCUGUGGAUGGUAGUUUUACCUUCACUCAUGAUGACAUUAUUAAAAAUAGUGUGUAUUAUGAAGCUGAUUUAGUGCAUGUCCCAACCAAUGGCCUAAUCCAUGACAAAUUUGGAUACAGAUUGACAGCUCCCAAUGUUCAGCCUGCUGAAGGGGAGGUUAUCAUAAAGCUUCAGCCACCAUUACUAACAACUGGGGCCAUGACACAAAGUCCAGGUUUGGAGAAAGAAAGGGGUGCAGAUCAAAGCACUAUGUUUGAUCAAAUAGACAUAGGAGAUGCUGAAAGAAAAAAUAAUAGCAACUCUGACAGUGUGUCAAUAGACAAAGCAGCCAGGGAGUCGGAUAUUAGUGGACUUCCCCCAACUGCAUGGGUCAUAACACUCGUCUUAGCUGUAGUGGUUACAUUAGUGUUAUUAAUGAUAGGGAUUGCUGUUUGCAAGUAUAAGUAUGACCAAAGAAAGAGGGGGACCUUUCAGCCACAAAGAGAGGACUCGCAGACCCCCCUGUCCCAGUCACAUGUGACAAUUGAACCGCAACGUUGGUCACAAAGUCAAAGCAUGGAUGAACUACCACAAAGUCAUUUAAUGGCCAGCUGCAGUCACAGGUCACCUCCAAGGUCACCAGAUCCUUCAAGGACAGAGGUCAGUAGGGCAGUUCCAGAGGUCAAGGUCACACCUUUGAUUAAUUUGGAAGAACAGGUCAAGCUUAAGACACCAGAGGGCAGCAUUGCGUCCCUAACAACUGAUAGUCAAAGCCAGAUGACUUUUGAUUGGGAUAUGGUAGACCCUGAAAUACUGAAACAGUGCAGAAUUACAAAUCCAGUACUGAAAGAUAACCAAUAUUGGGUGUAAAUUGAAGCAUUGCAUUUUUUUGGAACUGGGCAGCGAUGUAAAAUGUAAUGGUUAUCAUGUAAGGGUUGCUUUAUCAGAUUUUGGCUAAUCAGUUGCAAUUAUAUUUGCUCAGUUGGGCAAUGUCAAAUAAAGAUUUUGUACCUACCGGUAUGUUGAAGACUUCCGAACAGUUAGUUGAAAUUGAGAGUAUUACCAAUUUUAGUUUAUUACCAUAUCUAAUAUAAAUGCCAAGAAUCGAAUCCUUUUAUUGUCAUCUUGAAGAAACAAGAAUUUAGACCACCAGAUACUUUUCUUUCUUUUUACAUUUUGUACUUUUUUACGAUAUCAUCAUGUCUUCUAGCUACAUCUAUUAUUCAAAAUGAUAUUACAAUUUUACUUAUAUUAUUGGUAUUAGUGUUGUAUACAGAUCUGGUGUGUGCAUUUUUUCUAGAGAUUACAUCUCUGACCAUGUUCAACGCAUUAUAACAAACAUAUCUUAAGACUAGCUGUACUUGUGACAGUUCUGUUACAGCAGUUGAUGUUACUGCAAAAAAUAAUAAUAAUUAUGACGUUAGUCAGUGUGUUCAGUAUGCAAUAAAGUCUUUUCAUAUCUUGCACACAGUAAAAUUU